AUGCCUCCUCGAAAGAAGGCAAAGGCCAAACAUGUGGUUGGCAAUGUGGUUUCCGGACCAGAUACUGUUGCCACCCCCACCUCCAUUACUGAAGCACCUGGCCUGAUCAAGACGACUUUGGCCAUCAUUGAAGACAUGUUCAAUCUCCGGCACGCAGAUGAGAAGCGCAUCCAUACCGAACCUUUGUCGCAUCUCCAGCCGAAAGAUGGCGUUUUUAGUUGGCCUGUCAUGCACGGUGGGACUUUCAAGCAAAUUGCUCAACGCGCUUGGUCCAAUCCUGAUCAACUGAUCGACCUCUCAGCAUCUUUGACGAACAAGAUUGGAUUCACUGAGAGCGGCGACCCAGCAGAAUUCUUGCAAGAGUUUUGCAAAAUGGAGGUUUGGCCCCCUGAAAAGGGAAGCCUAUUCAACACCUCAGUCUUGUCCUGGUCAUAUGAUGAUGCAGCUUUUUGGCGGGGCAAAUCUAUUGCCAUGUCGGAGAUCGUUGUGACUGCGAGGAGCAUUGCUGCGACGAGAUUUCGGGAGGGGGAAACCUUGUCACUGCGGCUACCUGGUCCACCAUUGAAGCCAGUCAGUCUCGCAGUCGGCUGCCUCUAUUUCCAUGAUGGGAGUCAGAAGUGUUUAGCUGCUUUUGUGUGCUGGCUUGCGUUGCUCUUGGCAAGCAGCAGCGAGGCAGUUGACCCCAGCGACUUCAAGCACCCCCAGGUGACUGGAUUAGUCGGUUCACUUUUGCAGAUCAGGACUCAGUACAAAGCCAGUACAACCAUGGCUGACGAGAUGGACACAGCCAUUGCAAGGAUUGUCCGCCAGAAUGUGGAUUCAAAGGUCCAGCCGGUGUCCGCCUUGACAUGGGCAUCGAUAUUGACCACAUUAGGCGCUGGAGUAUCUUUGGAGCAAGCAAUGUCCCGCUACAACGCACACCCAGAGGUCCAGGCAUUCGAAGGGGCUGGCACAGGGAGUGUCUCGUUGGACGGAAGGAAAAAGCAGGCGGUGAAGAACUUCUUCGAGAAAACUGCAGCAGCGGCUUUCGAUGUGCUGCUUUCCAGCACUCAUGAUAUUGCGUGGCAAUAUGGUCCCUUCGGGGAGGGCUUUGGGGCGUAUACCUUUGCCUUUUUGGGUUCCACAGUGUCGCUGGAGUCUCCACAGCCUAUGGAGGAGGAAAGUGGCCCACUACCUCACGAGGCUUCUGUGACCAUCGACUGGAACCUGGUCAUGACUGAAAGUGCGCAGGCCAUGUUUUUCCAACGCGUCGUAUCGCAUUGGAACCGCACCACAGGAUCCUUUGCAGUGACCGUGAAGAAGAAGUACAGAUUGUCGCAGGAGGAGCUCCUGAAAUUGAGGAACCUCAUAGUGCUGUUUGACCAAUUGCUGCCGCACAUGAAAACUCGACUUUCGCCCGAGAUGGCUGACUCGUGGAUUGAGGAUAUCAUUGCUGGAAGCAAACGUGACGAUGACCUUCAAGGUCUCCUUCAAUUGCGCCCUUCCCGCUUCUCCAUGUCCAUGCUCCAAUCAGAGCAAAAUGCAGUGAAGAAAGAUCUCUUGGAAGCUGAGCAGCGCAAAGUCUGUGACAAGGAAGAGCAACAAGCCGCAGUGGAUGCUGCCCAAUGGUCGUACUUCAAGGGAGCUUUGUGUCGUGACCAGGAGAAGUUACUUGUUGCGCAGGCAGCCCCAAAGAAGGUGAGGGCUCAGUUGCACGCCAAAUCAGUUGCUCACACAGCCAAGCAGGCUGCAGAUGGAGAAGCAGCGUGCCGCGGGUACCAGGAGACAUUCCUGCGAGUGCUGAGCUUGGACAAGAUUGAGCAUGCUGCUGCUGAGAUUUCCAAGAUGAAGCAGCACGUCGUCCCUUGGUCAUUGUGA